AUGGGUUGCCUCAAGUGCUGCAAAGGGGGGGCCUCUAAGGGGAAGUCGCCCUCAGAGGCUUCUGUUGAAGCCCCACAGCAGCAGGAGCAGCAGCAGGAGCAGCAGCUGAAGCAGCAGCAGCUGCAUCAAGAAGAUGGCUACGCAGGCAACCCUCAACAAGCAGCAGCAGCAGCAGCAGCAGCAGAUGGGUCUAUGCCCGUCGAGGGCUUUGAUUUACAUGAAGCAGCAGCAAAGAAUGGUGCUGCAGCAAAUGCUGCGCCUGCUAUGGAUGUUGCGGAGGAGCAGCAGCAGCUGAAGCAGCAACUGCAGCAAGAGCUGCCGCAAUUGCAGCAGCAGAAACAGCAGCAGCAACAGCAGCAGCAACAGCAGCAGCAACAGCAGCAGCAGCAGCAGCAGCAGCAGCAGCAGCAGCAGCAGCAGCAGGGACCUGCAGCAGCAGCAGCAGAUGAUGACGCUGAGUUUGCUUCUGCAGUAGAGGGCCCCUCCCCCCCUCAAAAUGCAUCAUCUCCAGUUGCUGCUGGCGAGCAGCGGACGCGGCAAUUGCUGCAGCAGCGAGUGCAGCAACAGCAGCAGCAGCAGCAGCAGGAUGCAGCAGGUGUCCCAGCAGAAGGUGAUGCGAGCAACACUGCAGCAAAAGCUGCAGGAGAGUCAGUCCCUUCAGCAUCAGCAGCAGCACCAGAAACAGCAGCAGCACCACCACCCUCAUCAUCAUCAUCAGCAGCAGCAGCAGCAGCACCAGCAGCAACAAAUGAAGGUUUCUCAUCAACAUUAACAAGAAUUGUGCAGCAAACUUUUGACGACCCCGCCGGUAUAUGGACCCGCAUCAUCACCUGCCUAACACCAACGGGGGCCCCCAUUACCCCUCGCGAUUCAUCCCAGGGGCCCCCCCAGGGGGGCCCCCAGGGGGGCCCCCCCCAGAGGGGCCCCCAAGGGGCCCCCCAAGGGGGCCCUAGGGGGCCCCUCCCUCUUGAGAAGGUAGAUCAGGGGCCCUCUGAUGAGGUAGAAGAAGAAGAAGAAGGACAGCCUUCAGAGCCUGCUGCACAGAAAGCUGCUGCAGCUGCUGCUGCUGCUGCAGCUGCUGCUACAGCUGCAACGAAACCGCCAGAAGCUAAGGCGGUAGGAACGGAAGAACCAGCAGCAGCAGCAGCAGCAGCAGCAGCAGCAAAGCCUGAAGAAGAAGCAGCAGCAGAUGCGUCGCUAAGAAAUCCACCUGUUUCGAUGCCCUCAGGGGAAGAGGAUCUUCCUGGGUCUGCUGCUGCUGCUGCUGCUGCAGCAGCAGCUGCUGCAGCAGCAGCCAGCGAAGCCACCGCAGCAGCAAGGCAGGCGCAGCAGCAGCAACAACAAGCAGCAGCUUCGGGUUUGUUGAGUUGCGGCGACAGCACUGCAGACACUGCAAUGGCAGCAGCAGCAGCAGCAGCCGCAGCAGCAGCAGCAGGUGCGCGAGCUGCAGCAGCAGGCGCUGCGGAGGCAGCGGAGGCAUGCGGGGCCGUUGCUGCUGCCGCUCUCAACAACAACAGCAGCAGCAGCAGCUGCCCCCGUGUCCUAUCGCAGCGCAGCAGCCCCAAAGCGGUGUUUGAACAAAUAUUAAUAAGGAAGUGGAACCAGUUAAUGUUUUAUAUAGAAGAAGAAUUAUUGUUUAAAGCUUAUCAAUAUUUGCUGCUGCUGCAGCAACAGCUGGAGCAGCGGCAGCAGCAGCUAGAGCUGCAGCUGCAGCUAUAUCAGCAGCUACAGCAUCAGCGACAGCAGCAGGAGGGUCCUCUGGACGAGGAGCAGCAGCGGGAGCAGCAGGAGCAGGAUCUGCAGCAUCAGCAAGACCUUGAGCUGCUGCAGCUGAUAUCUUCAUAUCAGCAGCAGCUGCAGCAAGAGCAGCGCGUCGUUAACCUCAGAUGCCGCAUCAAUAUCGCAUACUCUAUGCUUGAGCAGUUUCGUCUUAGCCAGCUUCGUCUUAUCUUUGAAGACCCCCGUUUAUCAUUUGCAGAGUCUAUUAAUACUUUAUAUAAUAUUCAUUACCAGCAGCAGCACCAGCAGCAGCAGCAGCAGCAGCAGCAGCAGCAGCAGGGUGCGGGGGGAAACGCCACCCCACAGGGGCCCUCCGUCUCACUGCCUGUAGCAGGCUCCAGCCCUUCUUUGCAUGCAGCAGCAAGCAACAAAGAACAGCUGCAGCAGCAGCAGCAGCAGCAGGGGAGAGGGAGCCGUUUGGUAGGUGGGGUUGAGGGCAGCAGCAGCACAGCAGAAGGUGUUGCAGGAUUGAGCUCUCCUGCUGCUGCUGCUGCUGCAGCUGGUGGUGCUGCAGUGGGGUGCAGCAGCAGCAACGGCAUCGGCAGCAGCAGCAGCAGCUUCCCUGAGAGAAAGAUAAGUGCAACAAAGUUAAAGUCGGGUCUUAGAAGCAUGGGUAGGAAGAUGAGUUUAACUAAACGAGGAGGCAGCAGCAGCAGACGCGCGAGCAGCAAGAAGGGUUUAGGAGUUAAAAGCAAUUCUGAUGAAGAAGGAUGGAUGCGAGAAAAAGGAAAGUAUUUAGAUUUAUCUUAUAGAGUUGAGAGGGAUUCAUCUGUCUCUAUGAAAGUUCGAGGCAAGCUACCUUGUGCAUUGUUUAAAGUUUUAGCGAUAUUAAACGAGUCAGACUUAGCAGGGAACUGGGCACCUAUGUUUAAAUAUGCCGAGAAAGUAUAUAAUUAUACUCGAGCAUCUCAAUUAAUUCGGCAAGUAUUUGAUUAUCCUGUAUUAGGUUUAAAAGAAACAAUUAUGUUUUCAUUCGGUGUAAAUGCAUUAGAAGAAUGCGGGGCUGUUAUUAUUUUCUGCUUAUCACCCCCUGAGCAUUUAAUAGAGUUCAUGGGUAGACCUAUACCUCCUAAAGAUAAAGUUAAUCGUAUUCAGAGUGCACAUUUAAUAUUUCUUUUAUAUCCUAUAUCUGAAGGGCGACAAACAACAUUAGAAUUGCUAGGAAACUUUAAUCACGGUCUUAGAUAUGUCCCUCUAAGAUUAAUUACUUAUCUUGUUAAAAAGAUCGUCCGAAGUAUGUUUGUUUCUAUUGCUAAACAAUGCAACCAGUUUGCUACAUCCCCUUAUAAACAAAGAGUUGCUAAAAACCCGGAGUUCUACGCCUGGAUCAAAGAAUGCAUCGAAGAUUUUGUUAAUGCAGACACUGCGCAUGCAUUCAAACAAGUUGAGUCUAUUUCUUUAUGUAGCUUUAACUAUGAAGAGUUUCAGGAGUAA